AUGAUCACAACGACAAUCUAUUGUUUCGUAUCCGUUCUUUGUUUUUCGGUGGUGAAUUCAUGUAGUGUAUCGAAUUCAUGUCAAUACCCGACACACAUCAUUCCAGACUAUCCGGCUCAAUUCUGGCGCGAAGUGCUACAAACAAGUGGAUCGAACCCCUUCUCUGAUACUCGGGAUUACAAAGUUUACCGAAACGUGAAGGACUUUGGUGCAAGGGGAGAUGGAAUUACUGAUGAUACCAGAGCUAUCCAAAAUGCUAUCUCGAGCGGUCGAUGUUCUGCUGCUUCAGCAUGUGAAGGGUCGACAUCCGAACCCGGCCUCAUUUACUUUCCUUAUGGUACAUAUCUGGUUAGCACAAGUCUCCAACUCGACUAUUACACGCAGUUAGUUGGCAAUCCAUCUGGCAACCGAUUACCGACCAUCAAAUGCUCAAGCGGUUUCAAGGCGGGCUACGUGCUCGAUGGUGAUCCGUAUAAUGGCGCGGGAAAUCUCGCUUGGGGUGCUACGAAUAACUUUUUCCGCGAGAUUAGAAAUUUGAGAAUAGACAUGACAACCAUGGACCCAGGUCUCGGUACAAGUGGUAUUCAUUGGCCAGUGGGUCAGGCCACGGCCCUACAGAAUCUCGUCAUCGAGAUGUCAACGGCAGAAGGGACACAGCAUCAAGGUUUGUUCAUCGAGAGUGGAAGUGGCGGCUUCAUGAGUGAUUUGACCUUCUAUGGCGGUAAGAUCGGUGCAUUUUUGGGAAACCAGCAGUUUACUUCGAGAAAUAUGACCUUCUUUGGAUGUCAGACUGCGAUCAGCCAAAUAUGGAACUGGAAUUGGCUGUACAAGUCCCUUUCGAUCAACAACUGUCGCGUUGGCAUUGACAUGUCUGUCAAACCUGGACAGAAUGAGUCGGUUGGAGGACUCACGGUCUUGGACUCUCACUUUUACGACACCCCGGUUGGAAUUAUCACUUCUGCCAACGCACAGUCCACGCCUCCGAGCGCCGGACAAAUUCUUUUGGACAAUGUCUAUUUCGAGAAGACUCCAGUCGCGGUUCAAAGCACAACGAACCAGAUAUUAUUGCAAGGAAACCAGCGAAUUGAUUCGUGGGGUCAAGGUCAUGUCUACAAAGCUUCUUCCAACGACUAUACGUUUAGUCGAGGUCCACUUCCUCCACCCGACAAGUCCGCUGUAUUACUUGAUGGCUCGAAAUUUCUGGAACAUUCAAGGCCCGAAUAUUCAGAAUAUUCAAUCAACCAAUUCGUGACAGUGAAAAGUCUAGGCGCUAAAGGUGACGGAGUGACAGACGACACUGCAACCAUUCAAAAAAUCAUUGAUACUUAUGCGGCGACCAAGAUCAUUUUCUUUGACGCUGGUGCCUAUAUACACACAAGUACCGUCCAUAUACCACCGAACGCAGUGAUCAUAGGUGAAGUUGAGUCCGUGAUCAUGGCGACUGGCUCCUUCUUUGGUGAUGGAAAAAAUCCACAGCCUGUAUGGGCAGUUGGACGACAAGGACAAUCGGGCAAUGUCCAAAUUGUUGAUAUACUUUUCUCACAUCAAGGACCGGUGCCCGGUGCAAUCAUGAUGCAAUGGAAUCUUAAGUCGAUCUGCCCGGGAAAAUCAGGACUUUGGUCCACGCACUUUCGAACAGGUGGAGCAAAAGGCACAAACCAGACACCAUCGAAUUGCUUGAAGCUUACCGGUGCAAGUAACAGAUCAGAAUGCCAGGGUGCCUUCCUUCAGCUCCACAUUUCCCCUCUUGGGUCCCUCUAUAUGGAGAACACAUGGCUUUGGGUGGCUGAUCACAAUUUGGACUAUCCUGACCACUCUCAAAUUGACAUUUUCAAUGCUCGGACUAUUCUAGUCGAGAGCGAAGGUCCACUUUGGAUGUAUGGAACUUCAGCAGAGCACUCUGUACUCUAUCAAUACCAAUUCGUCAAUGCGAAGAACAUUUUCUUUGGACAAGCGCAAACCGAGUCAGCCUAUUUCCAGAGCAAUCCACCAGCUCCCGUACCAUUCACUCCUCUUGCCGCCUGGUCUGAUCCUGUUUUCGAUGCAUGUCCAACAGGUGGCACUAAUUGCGCCAAAGGAUGGGGUGUAGAUAUAAUCAAUGCGACAAAUAUGUACAUCUAUAAUGCUGGCCUCUACAGUUUCUUCCAGAACUGGAGUACUAGCUGUAUUGGAACCGGUGACAAUCGAUACUGUCAAGACGCCAUCUUUCGAGUCCGAGGAAAUUCUCAGAAACUGUAUCUUUGGAAUCUUGAAACGGUAGGUGUCGAACACAUGGUUGAAGUCGAUGGCAACGUCAAGGUCAAAAGUAAGGACAAUUUGGGUGUCUUCCCUGAUGGAAUACUUGGCUACUACAUCGAUGGUUAG